AUGAGCGAACCUCUGCCAUCGUCGUUCGACGGCCACGAACAAUUUCAGGAGGAGACUCCGCUCCAGAAGUUUGGAAGACGGUUCAAGGAGGAGCCAUGGGUACCAGCUGUCGGGCUAUUAGGAUGCGCUGCCACCUGUUAUGCGCUUUGGCGUGCUUACCGAUCAAUGAAGGCGGGCGACUCAGUUGAGAUGAACCGCAUGUUCCGUGCCCGUAUCUACGCCCAAGGACUUACUCUCCUUACCGUGGUUGCCGGUGGACUGUACUACAGAACUGAGCGAACGCAGCGUAGAGAAUUCGAGCAGGCGCUAGAGCUACGAAAGGGUCAAGAAAAGCGAGAUGCAUGGCUGCGUGAGUUGGAGAUUCGGGACAAAGAAGACAAGGAGUGGAGAGAGCGUCAUGCUGCUAUUGAAGCGGCAGCGAAGCAAGCGGGCAAUAAGCCGGUUCUUGCGGAGCAAGAUGCAGCUCGUUCCGCUCUGGAGCCCUCCGAACAGAAGUAUUAUGGUGUCUUAGACGCUGUGAGAGAUCUAGUUUCACGGCGAGAGUAG